UUGUAUAGAUGGACUUAGGUUUCGAGAGAGCAUUAAAAUAUUGGAGGGAACAGGGACUCAUCGAUGCCAAAAAUAACCGUGAAUUGCGUCAUCAACACGGUAAAGGACCAUGCAAUAUUUUCAUACUCGACACGUCAUCAAGCCUUGGAGAGGAGGGCUUCAAUCAAAUGAAGGACACAUUUUAUACCAUAAUAAAGGGGUAUGCAGAUCACCCAGAAGAAGAUGAAAACGUAGCUGUCAUUAUCUGUGGCAAAAAGACUAAAUUCCUACAUUAUUUCUCAAACCAGUAUUCUGCUCUUUCUAAAUGCCUAGAUGAUGUUGAAUAUGGAGGACUAUCUCCACUGAUGGCGGCAUUUAUACUUUGUUUUGAAUCAACCCAUAAUGGAGCAAGUCAUACUUCAAGGAUACAAGAAUUUCGGAUUCGUCCACGAAUUAUUCUCAUCUCCGAUGGCCGACCUACGCCUUUUCAAAUAAUCAGUGAAGCAGACGACUCGAGUAUUCAGGAAACUGAACAAGCCAAAAACAAUCUUCAACAAUUUGCUCGUCAAGUUGGAAGACGUCAUCCAAUUUUUUGCAUACCUUUGGGCAUGAAUCCGGACAUGCUGUUUUUGGAAUUCAUGUGUGCUGAGUCCAGAGGAGGAAAAAUAGUUUUUGAUUAUGAAGCCUUGCAAUUUUCAAGAUAUUCAAAGAAUGUGAGAUCAGCGGCAUUAUUAUCAUCUUUGUCACCAUAUAAUGCCAUGGAUAGAGAUACUUUAUCUUCUAUUAUUUCGACGACAAUCCCCGGAAAUAAUUUCACCGAAAUGGAUAAGAACGAUAUAUUUGAUUUAUGGACCAAGAAAUCCUUAUAUACAUCUGAGCCCCCAGACGAAGACGAAGACAGUGAUGACACAGAAGAUAUCUUAGAGAAAGGCCAUCCAUGCAUGCCAGAUCUGGGAGUCAGGGUAAAACGGGGCCCUCACUGGGAGUGGAAAAAUCAAGAUAGUCAUGGUCCUGGCACCGUGAUAGGAUAUUCGAGAGAUGGGUGGUUGAGAGUAGAAUGGGACGGUGGUGGAAAGAAUGUUUACAGGUACGGACCCAUGCAUGGAAGGAGAGAUUUAUAUGACGUCAUAAUGUGCAAUAUUCCUAGAGUUCUAGAGGAGAACGAACUGAUUGGCACAGGCUGUUUAGUUAAAAGAGGUCCAGACUGGGAGUGGGGUAAUCAAGAUGGCGGAGAAGGAAACAUUGGAUCGGUUUUUAGAGUCAAAAGUAAUGCAACAGUCAACGUCAAGUGGUCAAAUGGAAAUAUUUCUAAUUAUAGAUUUGGUUAUAAAGAGAAAUUUGAUCUUCAAAUAUGUGAUCCAUUUUCAAAAGAGGCUGAAAAAUAUUUCCAGGAGGAAAUCAAACCUUCAUUACCAAAAUCUCGGACAGAAAAAUUGCUUAAUUUUGGUGAAAAUUUUACCCUAAAAUUAAAGAUCCUUUUAGUCUCUAAAACAAAAUAUUUCAAAUGA